UUCCUUCAAUUUGUUAAAAUAUCUUGCUCGCGCGUCGUGAUUUUUAUAUCAGCGUCUACGAGUCGUCUGUUUUUUUUUUAUCUGCUGUCGCUCGAUCUCAUUUGUUAGACACCGCGGAUUGGCUUGUGAGCCAAUCAGAAUUUUUCAACCACUUCGCUCGUUUCGGAUACGCCCAAGGUGUUUGUAGCCACAGCUGACAAGCGUAGGGAGCCGGUUUUUGAAAUCAUCGCUGACCGCGUGAACGAGUGCUCUUCCUUCAUGUGCGUCUAGGACACCGACCAACCACGAGUCAUCGCGAGUAGCGUGGAUAGCAUAUAUUUAGGUUUGGGAGAAUGCUAAAUAGAAAAGUACAUUGGCAAAAUAGCUAGUAUCUCAACAUAGAAAGAGCAAUAUCACGGAGUAACGCAAGACUGGCAAGUCACGCGAAGGAUGGAUCACACAGACUGGGAAGACGCAUCGCCGAUAAGCAGCGAAUCUUUUAGAAAUACAUUAUUAAAUCGACCGCCUGUCAGGACUAAGAAUCUGCAGUUCCUUCUAAUUCACGAUGAACACAAUGCUAUUGUCGGAGGCACGAGUAUGACCGAUCUCUUCUGGACCGGCGCUCUCUGGUACUUUAACGAUAUCUCAGAACUGGACAGAAAGAAGGCUGCUAUAACGCAGGAACUGGACACUGGCGUUUGCGAUGCUGUUUACUUGAACGAGAACAAGUUCGUCGUGGUGGAUGACAGUGGUGCUGUACAGAUCUUUGACAUAAUGACUGACAAUAGCCCAGAGCAGCCAGCCCAGUUUCUAUCUGUCGCGUACGCCUGCCAACAUGACAGCAGCGCAUUGACAGUAUCCUUGUUUCCUGAUAAAAAAAAUAUCAUUACGGCAGGAAUGGACUAUUGUAUAAAAGUCUGGGAUUUGGAAGAAUUGAUCGCCACGCAUACAUUCCAUUACGCGCACACUGACAUCGUCACCAGCGUAGACGUAAAGCCUACGUGUAAUCACAUAGCCGCGUCUGCAGGUUUGGACGGCGAAUCGUUAUUGUGGGAUGUCCGAUGCAGCAAAGCAGUACAGGUCCUCUACAGUAAAAGCGGAAGCCAAUUAACGGCGGUAACUUGGAACACCAACGUGGACCACCUCGUAGCAAUAGGUGCAGAAGACGGCACCGUUAUGCUAGUUGACGUCAGGCGGACAGACGUAGAGUCGCCAGACGUGUGGACUAAAUGCGAUAGAGGCGUACACAAGCUCUUAUUCAAUCCAAAUCCAGAAAAGAAAGACCAAUUGGCAUGCUGUUUCAACAACACAACUGUGAACGUAUUCGACAGCUACAGAGAAUUGUUGGAGAUAUACAAGGAUGAUGGUCACAGCGAUUUCGUACGAGGACUCGCGUGGCAUAAAGACGACUUGUUCUCAUGUUCGUGGGAUGGAACUGUAAAUAAACAUGUUAUAUCGUCCGAUGAUGAUACGAAAAGUGAUAAAAAUAAUGGAGAUUAAUGAUGUACAAUAAUUUAAUGUAAGACUUAUUUUCGAUGACCAAUGUUUGCAAGUAUUUGCAAUCAAUACAAUGAAUUUUAACUCG